CUGAGCAUUGUCGAAGCAGGGGGCGGAGUUCAUUCUGAAGUUGGGAAAUAAUUUUACCUCGUGUGGAUCUGUGAGCAACGCGGAGACGUGGAAUUUCACAAGCAAUGUAGUUUAAUUUUUUACUUCUCUGCAGCCUUCUCCUCUGAAAGAAAACUGCAGAUUGUUUGGACUGAACCUUGUCACGGUUGCAGUUAACACAGUUGGGCAAAGAUUUAGCUGCCUGGCAUCUCCACAGGAUCACAAAAGCCACGUCCCAUGGUGGCAUGGUAGAAUGGCAGAACAACAAAGUCAUCACUCUCUUGCUCUGGAAGAUCAGAACAACUUCCGUUACAACCCAGCCUUGGGCUAUCAGCAGGACGUUCAGCGACCUAUACCCACGUAUGCCUAUCGCAGUCAACUGGCGGACUUCCGCAUUGAGAAGAAGAUUGGCAGGGGCCAGUUCAGUGAAGUCUAUCGGGCAAUCUACCUUCACAAUGGCAAAGCAGUGGCAUUAAAGAAAGUCCAGGUGUUUGAGAUGAUGGACGCCAAGGCAAGGCAAGACUGCAUCAAUGAGAUUGACCUUCUAAAGCAAUUGAAUCACCCCAACAUAAUUAAGUACUUGGACUCGUUCAUUGAGAACAAUGAGCUGAAUAUUGCACUGGAGUUGGCAGAUGCUGGUGAUCUCUCACAGAUGAUUAAGUACUUCAAAAAGCAAAAGCGGCUUAUUCCAGAAAGAACAAUAUGGAAAUAUUUUGUGCAGCUAUGCAGCGCAGUGGAGCACAUGCACUCCCGGAGGGUGAUGCACAGAGACAUCAAGCCGGCAAACGUAUUCAUCACAGCAACGGGAGCAGUGAAGCUCGGUGACCUCGGUCUCGGCCGGUUCUUCAGCUCCAAGACUACGGCUGCACACUCCUUAGUUGGAACUCCGUACUACAUGUCCCCGGAGAGAAUACACGAAAACGGUUACAACUUCAAAUCUGAUAUCUGGUCACUUGGUUGCUUAUUAUAUGAGAUGGCUGCCCUCCAGAGCCCAUUCUAUGGGGACAAAAUGAACCUCUUUUCCCUCUGUAAGAAGAUUGAGCAAUGUGACUACCCACCUCUUCCAGAAGAGCACUUCUCCGAGAAGCUACGAGAACUGGUGAUCAUGUGCAUCAACCCUGAGCCCGACCUUCGACCAGAUAUAAGCUUCAUGCACCAAAUCGCAAAGCAGAUGCACGGGUGGACAGCAAGUACCUGAACAGCCAGCCUUGCAGAGGCCUGCCUGAGAACAAUUACAGCAUAGCCUUGCCUAAAGUUUGUUUGAAGGAAGCAAAAUAAACACCAGCAAAGAUCUGAAGGGAGAAAAGUGCCGCCAGCGGAAUGAGAUAGACCCAUUUUGGAACUAAAUAACACUGUACGGACAGUUAGAAUAGAUUUUAGCCUCCGUAGAAUGGUUAAGUUCGGUUAUCUGACCAAAUGCUAAAGGAAUGACAUAGUCUCCGUGCUUCUGUGUUAUUUUCAAAAUGUAUUUAGAGAUAUGCUUUAUAAUUUCUUACUCUCAUUUCUGUUUAUGAAAUUUCAAAGCAGUGAUGUUAAACAAUGUAGAACCAUUAUGUAAAACAGAAUUCAGUACACAUUAUUAUUAUGGUCUAACAAUUGUCAGUGUGGUAAGACAAGCAAGGAAAGUGUUGAGCUACAUGGUUCCCCUAACACACUCUGUAAGAAAAAUAUUGAAAUAGAAAUGAUAGACUAUUCUCAGCAAUGUUAGAAAAUUAGUCUACAUAAGAUAUUUUUACUAAAUAGUUUAGAGAAGGAUAUCUUUUCAGAGUUAUUUAGUGUACUUCCAGGGGAACACAGUGUUGAUGUGUAUUUGUAUGUCAAAUACUCCAGUAACGGUACAGUAAUGUAAUCUUGUUCUAUUUUUCCCUUUCUCGCCUUAACCGCAGUUUAUCUCGACUUGCUCCAUUGUACGGAGUCAAACCACGGUGAUAUUACAUUUUUAACAACGACUGACUCACUGCCUUCUCGCAUUUUCGAUGUGAUCAGUCUUUGACUGAGAUUACAGUUGAGUUGGAGGUCUUUAUAACCAGGGGAGUGAGUGAUAGUGAGAACACUCAGCUGAUGCGAAGGCCAAGACCUUGUGUGCCUUUAAUGUGGCCAGAAGAUUAUCUAGCAAACAAUCUCCAAGUGCCAAAUAUAACUGAGCCUUCCUAAUUCAUUUCUUCAUACAAAACUGUAACCAUACAAAAUUCUUCAUCUCAUUAUAAAUCUCCUCAUUGAAAAUUAAUUCAAGGACAGUGAGCGGAAAAGGAAUUAUACACUAAUUGGCCACUUUAUUAGGUACAUUUGCUCAUUAAUGCAAAUAUCUAAUCAGCCAAUCAUGUGGCAGCAAUUCAAUAUAUAAAAGCAUGUAGACAUGGUCAAGAGGUUCAGUUGUUGUUCAGACCAAACAUCAGAAUGGGGAAGAAAUGUGAUUUCAGUGACUUUGACCGUGGAAUGAUUAUCGAUGCCAGAUGUGAUGGUUUUAGCGUCUCGGGAAUUGCUGUUCUGGGAUUUUCACACAAAACAGUCUCUGGGGUUUACAGAGAAUGGUGUGAAAAAAAAACAUCCAAUGAGGAGCAGUUCAGUGGGUGAAAAUGCCUCGUUAAUGAGCGAGGUCAGAGGAGAAUGGCCAGACUGGAUCAUGCUGACAGGAAGGCAACAGUAACCCAAGUAACCAUGUGUUACAACAGUGGUGUGCAGGAGAGCAUCUCUGGAUGUACAACACAUCGAACCUUGAAAUGGACGGGCUACAGCAGCAGACCACAAACAUAUACUCUGUGGCUACUUUAUUAGGUACAGAAGGUAGCUAAUGAAGUGGCCACUGAGUGUAUCUCAUAUGCUUUCUCUCCAAGUCAGACUAUUGGCGACAGAAAAACUCUUCAGCCCUCAGAACAGUGUCUGUACUUGCCGUGUUUAACCACUGUCACUCACAGACGCAGACUAAUCUGUGGUUAUUUUCACAUACAAUGGAUUAAAAACACACACAAAAAAAAUGCAUUUGAGUUCUCAGAAGAAACAGUAUAAGAUCUUGGGCAUGGCUCAACAGGAAAUAUUCAGUGAACACAAAGACCCGGAGUGAUGUGUCUUAGAUGGGCUGGGUUUACAGCAUGCAGUAACGGUGAUGUUUUCAACACUGUCAAUACUGAUUAGCCAGGAGCAGUGUGGCCCUUGCAACAAUCUGGUCGAUUUACCAGCUGUGAAUGCCUUGUAAAAUGUGAAUGUUUUCCAAUGUACUGGAUUCGUGAAACACACAAAGAAAAAGAUAUAGUGCUUUAGUGUGACAGACGUUCAGAGGUUUGUUGUAUUUCCCUAGACUUCAUUCCUGGUACUUGACCUGCCAAGGGAUUGUGAGGGAAUUGAAGACCACUUGUCAAUGGGCAUCACGUGAGAACACACAGGCAUAAGGACGAGCUUACAUUUUAAAAUGGAGUCGUAUCUCCAGUCUGUAUAGAUGGAACCAGUACUCUGAUACAAUCCUCAUGAUGAAGCAAUCCAUUAUUUACGUAGACGUUUACUGAAUUACACUGUGGACCAAAACUCUGCAUUAAUUAGUUAUGCAGGCUAAUAUUAGGAACAUUGUAUACAAUGUAGAGUAAUGACAUAUUCACAAAUAUAGUUGCUUACACUAAGGUGUAAAAUUGUUCCUGCAUCUAUUAUUUUAACCGGGUGAUGCAUGGAUUUAAAACUUCAUAGUGUUACUCUUAUAUCGAGCUUGCAAAGUUUUGUAAAUCAAUCUGCCUACCAUUAAAAUCAAAUGAUUUGCAGCAUACUAACAGAAUAAAAAAUAACUACUUAGAGACUUUCUUUGCAACUAAAACUUGCUAUUCUAUUAUUUUCAUGCAAUUGCUCUUUUACCAAAAUUCAAGGUUGUUUCAUGUCAUUUUCAGUACACAAGUAUAAAGGCCCACCAUCGGUUGGGGUCAACCGUUGAUGUUGUGUCCUGGUGGUCUGCAUGAUACACAAGCCAGGGCAGUACGGUAUGGAGAGUGAGAGAUAGCCCAUGCAGCAGGCUCCCCCUCUCCACACAGCUGAUGAAUCCAAAGGAAUGGCAGGGACCAGAGUUUGGUACCAGCAGCUUCACAUGUGUUGCCAGUCAGCGUUGAACUCAACCUAGUAUGUCUUAGGGACUCCAGCUCCAGGAUUUUUCUUUGGAGUUUACUCCUGAAACCUUCCCCAUGAGUGGGUAUAGCCACAAGGCAGCAGGGAUUUCAGGCCAGAGCUUUCCUCCCAGAUGAGCUGACAACCCCAUCUGCCAGAAGCAACUGUUUUACAGGCCCUUGUCUCUUGCCCAGUCAGUAGAAAUGGCACAGUGUUGGUGCGUGGCCUAAUGGAUAAGGCAUCAGACUAGUAACCUGAAGGUCAAUGGUUUGAGCCUCAGCUGAGGCAGCGUGUUUGUGUCCUUGAGCAAGGCACUUAACAACACAUUGCUCUGCAACAACAUCAGUGGCGUGGAGAGGGGAAGGCUUGCAGCUUGGGCAACUGCCGGUCUCCCAUACAACCCUACCCAGUCCUGCGCCCUGGAAAAACCUUCCAAGGUGCAAAUCUAUGGUCUCACGAGACUAACAGUUGCCUAUUACUAUUAGAAAUGGCUCCACUGGUCUUCGUAGCUAAGCCACAUGUGAAGGCCAGGAGCUGGAUGUGGUCAGAGGCUAUUUGAGAUGCAUGCCAUUGGCAAGUUUUAAUAGGUAGUGGGAACUUAGCAUCACUACCACUCCCAGCUAUAACCUUAAGUUUAAAAGAAAACAAAAUAAUUGUUACUCCAGAUCAGAUACAGCACGUCUCAAUAAUAUAAAGAACACAGUAAGAAUAAAAACACAAUAAAUAUAAAUACAUAAGAUAGCUUAUUUAAAUAGAUUGACUGUAUGUCCAUAAAGUGACGCUAGGUACAGGAGUGUUUGUAGGGUAGGUAUUUACGUACUUACUGACCAUUAGUCUCCCACGUUUCCUCCGCACUUCAGGGGUGACUGAUAAUAAAUGAUAAAGUGGUGGUGGUGGGGUGGGUGAGUGGGUGGAGGUGUUGAUCAGUCUUACUGCUUGGGGAAAGUAACUGGCUUUGAGUCUGGUGGUCCUAGCGUGGAUGCUACAUAGCCUCCUCCCUGAUGGGAGUGGGUUAAACAGUCCAUGAACAGGGUGAGUGGGAACCAUAUUAAUUUUAACAUAUUGACCUUCCAUAAAUUGAAAUAUUGAAUUUAGGAUUUGGGAUGUUGAAAUUGUGUAAGACGAUUGGAGCAUGCAGUUCCGGUCAUUUACCUACAGGAAAGAUGUCAGUAAGAAUGAAGGAGUCUCAAGAAAAUUUACAAAGAAUUUGCUGGGAUUUGAGGACCUGAAUUAUGGUGAAAAGUGGAAUAGAGGUAUUUUAUUCCCUGGAGUGUAAGAGAAUGAGGGGAGAUUUGAUAGAGGUAUAUAAAAUUAUGAGGGAUAUAGAUAGGGUAUAUGCAAGCAGGCUUUUUCCAUCCAGCUUGGGUGCGACUAGAACUAGAGGUCAUGGGUUAAGGGUGAAAGGUGAAGUGUUUAAGGGAAACAUGAGAGGGAACUACUUCACUCAAGGUGGUGAGAGUGUGGAACAAGCUCCCUGUGAAAGUGCUGAAUGCGGAUUCAAUUGCAUUAUUUAAGAGAUGUUUGUAUAAGCACAUGGAAGGGAGGGGUACAAUCUAGGUGCAGAUUGAUGGAACCAGGCAAAGUAAUACUUUAUCACGGACUAGAUGGGCCAAAGGGCCUGUUUCUGUGCUGUAGUGCUCUGUGACUCAAUGAACUCAGAAUUGCUCCGGGAAAGAUAUUCAGAAAAUGCAUUAAGGAUCAAGGAACCAACUUCUUCAUCAAGUAUAUUUAAGUGUUAGGAAUCUGUUGUGGUGUGGACAUACAACAAAAUCUAACAACAUUCACCGAAUAUAAAGAAUUAUAUAGAAAAGCUAGAGAUUAGAAGACAGAUAUAGAAUAAAAUGUUUAUAAAUACUAGCAUGUAUCUACACUGUAAACAUUGUAAAAUGUGGUUUAAAAUGUUUACAGUGUAGUGCAGUGAUGGGGUUAACAGAUAGAUGGGGUAAGGAGGUGCUAACUAGAAUGGCUGAUCAUAUAACUACCUGGGGGAAGAAACCUUUAAAAUGGCAUGAAGCUUUUGUUUUAAUAGCCUACAUCACUUUCUAAAAGGCAGUUUUCGGAAAGGUUGGUUUACUAGGGGGGCGGGGUAGAGUCUCCAAUUAAUUUUUCCUGCCUUCUUCAUUGUCCUGGACAUAUACAAGCCCUGCAGUGAAGAUAGACCACGGCCAACAACCUUUUCUGCUGACCUAUCAGUUUGCUGUAGUUUCUGCAUAUUGUGAGAGGGUGCUGCACCAAAGCAGACACGGUAGAUGUGAUAUGCAUGAAACUGCAGCAUGAAGGACUAUCCUACAGGUCACAAAACAGAGGUUCUGCUGCAUGGGGAAUUGUAGGACAGUAAGGCUUGCUGGUGUAGUAUAUUAAAGAGGGAAUAUACAGAGACAGAAAGAAACCAUGAGAAAUGAGAGUGCAAAUAAAGGAUCAAGAGCAAAAAAAGCAGAGGAAAAUGUUCAGAGAAAAGACUGAUUUCGUUCAGAGAAAAAAAGUGGUGGUAAGAUGAGUAAGAGGAUAAGAGGGAUAGAUCAAAUGGAUAACCAGAGACAUUUUUCCCAGGGCUGAAGUGGCUGUAAUGAGGGGGCAUAAUUUUAUGGUGAUUGAAGGAAAGUAUACAGGUAAUGUCAGAGGUUAGUGGGUUUUUUUUUAUAGACAGUGUUGGGUGUGUGGAAUAUCUUGCCAGGAGUGGUGGCAGAAGCAGAUAUAUUCGAGAAUACAUUUAAGAGAAUCUUAUAAAGGCACAGGGACGAUAGAAAAAUGGAGGGUUAUGUGGGAGGGAAGGGUUAGAUUAAGAGGACUGCUCACCAUCACAGGCUGAUGGGCCUGUACUGAUGUUAAAUGCAUGGUAAUCCUCACUGUUGACU